AUGGCGGAAAUCAACAACUCGGUAGCAAAAGUGAGCCUUGACAAGCUCAGCGCCACUCGUAAGAAAUACGAGGAAGAAGCCAAAAAGCGAUUGAGCCGAGAUGCAUCUUCAAAAUACCUCCCUUUAACUGAUGCUGAGGAGAGUCGGAUUCGCUCCUUGGGAGAUGACCCGUGGGUAGACCAUGAGGCGCUCAAUCAACACCCCUCGCCAAUUAAAGAAAAUUCUACGCACCGCUUUUUCAUCCUCGGAGCGGGAUUUGGAGGAUUACAAUUUGCCGUGCGACUUAUUGAAUCGCAACUGGCCACCGCAGAUGAGAUUCGAAUCAUAGAUUCGGCUGGAGGUUUCGGGGGUACAUGGUAUUGGAACCGGUAUCCCGGCCUUCAUUGUGACCUUGAAAGCUACAUCUACCUACCGCUGCUUGAGGAGACCGGUUAUGUGCCGUCACAGAAAUAUGCCACCGGUGCAGAAGUGCGAGGGCAAGCGGAGCGGAUCGCGGCGAAGUGGAAUCUUACUGACAGCACGCAAUUCCGCUCCGAAGUCAAGAGAGUUGAGUGGGACGAAAAUUCAAAACUAUGGAAUAUUUCCUUCACAGAGAAUCGUGGUCCGUCAAGUAGCCCGGUUGAGCGUCGGUUUCGUUCCCAGUAUGUCUACCUCGCCGCCGGUGGACUUACUCAGCCACAAGUCCCCAGAAUCCCUGGACUCUCUUCAUUCUCCGGGAGCCUGUUCCAUACUGCCCGAUGGAAUUACGAAGUUUCAGGGGGUUCUCAGGACGAUCAGACUUUGACUGGAUUGAGCGACAAGCGCGUAGCAGUCAUUGGUACAGCCGCCACUGCCAUUGGCGUAAUUCCUGAAAUUGCAAAAUACGCGAAGAAGCUAUAUGUCGUCCAACGAACGCCUGCGAAUGUGAAACCACGCAACCAACGUAUCACAGAUCUGGAAGAAUUCAAAGCUUCAGUGGCCAAUACGAGCGGGUGGCAGCGGGAGCGUCAGUUGAACUGGAACCGCUUCGUCACUAACUCGGCCAAGCCAGGAGAGAAGAAUCUCGUGGCUGACGGCUGGACGACCAUGCCAGCAUAUUCUGCGUUGCUCGGCUCUCCCUCCCACGGUAUUGUUGAUCCAUCACCGGAAAAUUUAGAAAAGCAUGUCUCUGCUUUCCAUGAACUGGACCUCCCUACCAUGGAGGCUGUUCGGGCCCGGGUUGACACGCUAGUUGAGGAUCCGAACACAUCGGAUAAAUUGAAGCCGUGGUAUCCUUCAUGGUGCAAACGCCCGACAUUCAGUGACACUUAUCUACAGACUUUCAAUCAACCCAACGUUGAAUUGGUCGACACGGAUGGCCAAGGGCCAUCCCAGAUAACGGAAAAGGGUAUAGUUGUAAGUGGAAAAGAGUAUGAAGUCGACGUUAUUGUUUUCAGUACUGGAUACCAGCUCUCAACUACAAGAGCGGCAAGCCCCAGCGCGAAGAGCAAGAUUACCGUUGUUGGUAGAAACGGCCAAUCACUUGAUGAAAAGUGGUUGGCCAGUGGCGUAACUACUCUCCAUGGUUACCUGACAAGCGACUUCCCGAACCUGUUCUUUACUGGGACGUCUCAAGCGACAGCAACAGGCAACAACACAUUCAUGCUUGGUUUCAUUGCUCACCAUGUUGCGUUCAUCAUUUCCGAGGCAUUUUCAAGGCUGGGAUCCCAGUCACGGCCCAUUAUCGAGGCCACAAAAGCCGGAGAGGAGGCUCAUGCCAAAGAAGUUCUACGACGCGCGCCGUUUUUUUUCACGCUUGCCGGAUGUACACCGAGCUACUUCAAUGGGCAUGGCGAUGCGGCUGCUAUCAAGUCUGAGGAGCAGAGACUCAAGCGAGCAAGGGGAAGUAUUUGGUCAGAAGGAGCAAGAUCAUAUAUUGAUUAUUUGGAGCAAUGGAGGAACAAGGGGACUCUCGAUGGAUUAAGUAUAACAUCAGCGAACAGUCCUCAGAUUCGCUCGAACUUAUAA